AUGACCAUUACGUGCUCUCGGGAAGAGGAGCCGCUAGGGACGGCUGGGCCUCUGGCUUUAGCCAAGAAUAUUCUGCUGAAGUCUACUGCGUCUUCUCCACCUCAACCAUUCUUCAUGCUCAACAGCGACGUGAUCUGCGACUAUCCAUUCAAAGGACUGCUUGACCUUCAUAUCAGCCGUGGUGCCGAAGCUACACUUAUGGUGACUCGCGUUGAGGACCCCAGCAAGUAUGGUGUCGUGAUAAUGGAUGAUGCAGGUGCCGUGAGCCGUUUUGUGGAAAAGCCAAAGACAUUUGUUGGUGAUACUAUCAACGGAGGCAUUUACAUUCUAAGCCCGUCCGUCCUUGAGAGGGUUGAGCUGCGCCCUAUGUCAAUUGAGAAGGAUAUUUUUCCAAGAAUUGCCAUGGAUAAGAAGUUGUACGCCAUGGUUCAUACGGGCUACUGGAUGGAUGUUGGGCAGCCCAAAGACUAUCUGGAAGGGAUCAAGACGUAUUUGCAUCACAAGAGAAGUUCACAUCCCGGGAUGCUAGCCACUGGCAGCAACAUUGUUGGGAAUGUGAUUGUGGAUCCCUCUGCUACCAUCUCCAAGAGCGCGUCUGUUGGCCCUGAUGUUGUUGUUGGCCCCAAUUGCAUCAUCCACGAUGGUGCGAGGAUUCAUGGAAGUGUUCUCUUGGGCGGUUCCCGAAUUGGCUCAGGUAGCCUGAUUUUGAACAGCAUAAUUGGCUGGAACUCCACAGUGGGGAAGUGGACACGCAUUCAAAAGAAUUCUGUCCUGGGCGAGGAUGUCACUGUGAAUGAUGAGGUGCUGAUCAAUGGCGCAAAGGUCUUGCCUCACAAGGAGGUCAAGGCAGAUGUUGAUACUCCACAGAUCAUCAUGUAG